AUGGUGCGAGCAGUGUGGGAUGAUGGUGGAUGUGGCAAAAGGAUAUGGGGACGAGAGAGUGAAGGCACCGCGAGGGUUGGAGAGGCUGAGCCUGAGAUGGGCCCUUGGAUGAAGUGGAAUAAUAAUAAUAAGAAGAAGAAGAAGAAGAAGGAGGAGACGGCAAUCACUGCAUCAUUUCUCCACCAUUUCCUCCCUUCCUUCCCUUCCCUCCUUUAUUUCCUUCCAAAAGUCCUAACAAAAUUUCUAGGCUGCUCAGUUUUCACUUCCUUUGAUUCUUCUCUUAAAAAAAAAAAAGAAGUCAAUCAAUCAUCUUAUUUCUUUAGCCGCCCCCUUUCUUCAGCUAACUUGUCCCUCAAUCGAGGAAGAAAACUUUUGCAAAAGCAGAUAGCGGAAGAGUCCAAAAGCCGUGAUAUUGUUCAGGAUAUUCCUCUAGAAGAGAAGAAAAAUGAUCCUACAACUUUUUCAACCCCAAAACAAGUAGGUUUAGUAGCAACUAGAAUUGUUGUUAUGGGUUGCGGUCUUCUGUGUCCCUGUUUUUACAGGAAAAGGAAAGCAACUACCCACUCUGUUAUUGCUAAGGAUCUGAAUUCAAUGGAUUCAGUAUCCUCUUUGGAUGUGAAUUCUGGUCCUGAAAAAGUUCCACCCAGUCCACUUCGGGUGCCACCUAGUCCUUCUAGAUUUUCAAUGUCUCCUAAACUCACUAGACUGGCGUCAAUUCAUCUCAAUUUGAAUCAGGUUACAAGAGCUACACACAACUUUUCUCCAUCACUUCGGAUAGGAGAAGGAGGCUUUGGAACUGUCUACAAGGCCCAACUAGAAGAUGGGCAGAUGGUUGCCAUAAAACGAGCAAAGAAGGAACACUAUGAGAAAUUGCAAACUGAAUUCAGCAGUGAAGUUGAGCUUCUAGCAAAAAUUGAUCAUCGGAAUCUGGUGAAGUUACUUGGUUUUGUUGAUCAAGGAAAUGAGCGUCUUAUUAUUACAGAGUAUGUGCCAAAUGGUAGUCUAAGAGAACAUUUGGACGGUCAGCGUGGAAAAAUUCUAGACUUUAAUCAAAGGCUUGAAAUAUCCAUCGAUGUGGCACAUGCAUUAACUUAUCUCCACACGUAUGCAGAGAAGCAGAUUAUCCACCGAGAUGUCAAAUCAUCCAACAUUCUUUUGACAGAAAGCAUGAGGGCCAAGGUUGCUGAUUUUGGAUUUGCAAGACUUGGUCCUUUGGAUGCUGAUCAGACUCAUAUUUCAACCAAAGUGAAAGGGACAGUGGGUUACCUUGACCCUGAAUAUAUGAAGACUUAUCAACUCACCCCAAAGAGUGACGUAUACUCAUUUGGGAUUUUACUUAUAGAAGUUCUGACAGGCCGCCGUCCUGUGGAACUGAAGAGACCUGCAGAUGAGCGGGUGACACUUAGAUGGGCCUUCAGAAAGUAUAAUGAAGGAACUGUAGUGGAUAUGGUGGAUCCAUUAUUGGAAGAAAAAGUAGAUGGGGAGGUACUCAUGAAAUUGUUUGCUUUGGCAAUCCAGUGUGCUGCACCCAUUCGCACUGAUCGACCAGACAUGAAAACAGUCUCAGAGCAGCUGUGGGCAAUAAGGGCAGACUAUAUGAGAAGUGCAAAGCGUGCUUAAAAAAGAAAAAAGAAAUAUGAAUGGCCUCCUCGUAUUAGUACAAUUAGCUUGAACUUGGGACCUAUUGCCGUAGUCACUGAGCUAAAACUCAUUGGUGGCCUCCUCAUAUUCUAUUGUGCUCUUUUUAUCACAUUUUCAAACUCCAUUUGAAUGUUGAUACAAAAGUUACUUCAAUCUUGGCCCAAUAAUCUUGCUUCACUAUUCAUCCUUUUUAGAACGUAACUGGCAUCUUGGAUGCUUUUUGUAUUUUAACUUGUUAUGUAACAAGAAGUCCUGUUAUGAAAUAGACAAAUGUAUAAAGAUGAAGCUCAUUUGCUUUGGAA